AGGAGCGGUACGUAGUUUCUCAUUAACCCAUAGCCUCUUCUAUCCUAUUUAAGCAGCAAGUGUUCACACAUUUCCCUCAUUCUCCACCAAGAGAAGCAGCUGCCACCUACUACAAAACUUUCUGUCUGGAUACCACGAAUACUGCAGCAAGUGUUCACACAUUUCCCUCAUUCUCCACCAAGAGAAGCAGCUGCCACCUAUUACAAAAGUUUUUGUGCAAAUACUGAAUCAAGCACCAUGCCAGAGAUAGUCCCUAAGAACAAAGCCCCAGGGGUUGAUUUCUGUGGGGUACAUGAAUAUUACUACAUUGUCCGCUCAGACCUGGGCUGCUACAUGAGGUCCACCAAUUUCCACGAGGGCAAAGACCUCGAAGUGUUUAGCCUGCACAGUUCCUGCCAGGGAGGAGAUCACUACUUAGCCCAUGAGGAUGACCUAUUCUACAUCAUCAAAGGAGACAACUAUCGCCGUGUCAGCAACAUGAAUGCAGACUUAGGUUCUGUAGUAUACAGCCUCCAUCCCAACUGCCGCGGAGGGGACCAUUACCUCUCAGCCUUUGGAUCCUUCUAUAUCAUUUUCCAGAAAAGAGGUGUUUACCGUCGGGUCAGUAAUAUGCAUGAUGAUACAGAUGCAAUUGAAUACACACUUCACCCAACUUGCAAGGAUGGUCUCUAUUACUGGGGCAUCAAGAAUUACUAUUACUUUGUAAAACCCCAUGAUGAAUGGGGGGUCCAGUACUAUAGAUGCACCGACUUCCACGGAAAUUUGGAUGCUGUUACAUACUCCUUCCAUAGGGAUGUUGUGAACAUGCUCCCUGGAGGAAUGGCUAUUAGCCAAGGCCCAGCUUAUGGUAAGUGGGAAGCUAUCAAGACCAUCUCAAAUGACUCCAACACUCCCAUUGUAUGGAAUAAGAAGAUCACCAAGAAAGUGGGAUACAACAAGCAGAAGAUGAGCAGUGUGGAGCACAACUGGAAGGUUUCCAUGACUGCCUCAUAUCAGUCAGGCGCACUCACUGAGGCCAUUGCCAAGUACCAGUUCUCUCUCACUGCUGAGUAUGGUGGGAAGAGUGUCAACACAGAGCAGGAAACUGGAAUGAAGCCACUGAGAUCGAAGAAGCUAUUAAUUUGACCCUGCAGCCCAAUGAGAAGAUGUACAUAUGGCAAUACCAGCUGGGUUUGGGCAAGGAAACGGUCUUGUUCUGCCGUGAUAUGAAAUUUUCGAGUGAUUCUACUCCACCUACAGAUAUUCCUUUGCCACCUUCCAAUAAGUGAAAAGAAAAGUGUUAGGCCAAAAGGCAUCUUCCAAAGGCUUCCUUUUCUUUUAUAACAUUUAAUUGAUUGCUAUGGGCUAAUAUUUAGACAAUCUAGAGCUCUUGUAAUGGGGAGUUAGCUGAGUAGUAUAUAGACAUGCAUAAGCUAAACACGAAGUAGAUUAAUGAUUACUAUUAUAUACUCUCAUAUUGACAUACACAUCCUGCUAGGCUACAGUUAGAAAAGCAUAUCCUAGUUUGUGCAUGAUGCAGGUGAUCCAAGCUUAAUGCCUUUUAGAUAAGCUACUAUUUCCCUGGUGCCUAUGAAUCCCUUUGCCAAAUUUGUGCCUUCAUCUUAAUUUGUACCUGCUGAACUCUGGAAUCUGUCCCAGUGUUAUACAAAUCAAAUAAAAUGAAUAAUUAAUGGUUUAAAAA